CUCCUUUCCUCCUUUCCCUCUUUUGCCCUCCAAGCAAUGCCAAUGCAAGGCCAUGACAAAAAUAAAAAAUAAAAAAUGCAAACAUGUUGCAGCCCCUGGCUACAUGUAGGAAGACUACUAUAUAAGCAUUGGUCACCCUACAUUGUGAAAGAGAGAAUAGGAUCCUCAAACAGAGGUGGCAAGGCAAUCAAUCAACAAGCUCUGUCUCAAGCUAAAGAAGAGAGAAGGGGAUCAGAUUCUUCUUGUAAACAUGGGCAACAGCUUGCGGUGCUGCCUGGCUUGCGUCCUCCCCUGCGGCGCGCUGGACCUGAUCCGGAUCGUCCACCUCAGCGGCCGGGUCGAGGAGUACGGCCGCCCCGUGGCCGCCGGCGAGAUCCUCGCCGCGAACCCGAACCACGUGCUGAGCAAGCCGUGCUCGCAGGGCGGCGGCGGCGGCGUGCGGCGGAUCCUCAUCGUCUCCCCUGAGUCCGAGCUCGAGCGCGGCGAGAUUUACUUCCUCAUCCCUGCCUCCUCCGUGCCGGAGCGGAAGAAGAAGAGUGGCGGCGGCAGCUCGCCCGGCCCCGCCGCCGCUGCAGGAUGCCAGAAGAAGGCGCCUGCGGAGAAAUCCAGCAGCCAUGUGAAGAGCAAGGCGGCGUGCGAAGUGGCGGAGAAGAGGUCGAUGCACCGGCGGCGGGUGAGCAGCGGCAGCCGGGCCGCCGUGUGGAGGCCGCACCUCGAGUGCAUUGUAGAGGGCACUUGACCCAGUGGAUUAUUAAUUGAUUUUUCUUUUUUCUUUUCCUUUUUCUUUUUUUGCAUGGGUGUCAUUUUCUCUCUUGUGUGAUGUGUAUGCUUUUUUUGCAAUCCUUUUUGUAACUGUACAUCCAUGUAAUGUUUACCCCUUCCUGCAUAUAUAAGAUGGGCAUGAAGAGGGAGGGUUGUGAAUUCUUUCUUGUUCUAAUUACUGUCUUUUUGUCUUUCUCCUUGAA